UGAGAAAGCAGCCAGAACUUAGAAUUGCUGUAUCAGAUUUGUAAAAGUAUGAAAUCCUUACUGGUUGGAAAGGCGAAAAGAAGGCCAUGGUGGAUGGAAAGCUUCAAAGGAUGGUCUUAUGUUAUGUAUGAGAUGUUAUUCCAGAAAAUAUGUACAUGGAAUCUCAAAAAUCCAUUGCCUUUACCUUGUCUCGAUAAUGUCAAUUGUAUUGUAACUGGAUCUACUAGUGGCAUUGGACUUGAAAUCGCCAAGCAAUUGUCUUUCUCCGGAGCACAUGUAGUCAUGGCCGUCAGGAACAUAUCUUCAGCAUAUGAAUUAAUCGAGAAAUGGCAUGACGAAUUACAGGACGAAUGGCAUGGUACAUCCACACUCAGUAUUGACGUGAUGGAGUUGAAUUUGCUAUCUCUCCACUCUGUCGUGAGAUUUGCGGAGAAAUGGAAUUCACGUUCAAAACCUUUGCAUGUUCUCGUCAAUAAUGCUGGAAUAUUUUCUAUAGGAGAGCCGCAGAAGUUUUCGAGAGACGGGUGUGAAACACAUAUGCAAGUUAAUCAUUUUGCUCCUGCGUUGCUUUCCAUAUUGCUUUUGCCAUCUCUGAUAAAAGGGCCUACAAGCCGGAUUGUGAAUGUAAAUUCUACUUUACAUUCUAUGGGAUUUGUAAACACAAAUGACAUGAACUUCAUCCUGAGGAAACCGAAAUUCACCAGUACAAAGGCAUAUUCAAAUAGUAAGCUUGCACAGGUUAUGUUUAGCAGCAUCCUGCAGAAACAACUGCCUAUUAACUCUGGUGUGAGCGUGGUAUGCGUUUCCCCUGGAAGUGUCCGAACCAAUGUGACAAGGGGUCUUCCUCAGAUAGCGAAAGCUGCUCAGCAAUCGAUACCGUAUUUCCCCUUUACUCCUCAACAAGGUGCAAGGAGUGCACUUUAUGCAGCUACUAAUCCUAAAAUCCUCGAGUACUGCAAGGAAUUGAAGGACAAAGAUUUGCCUUUUUGUGCUUAUAUCUCAUUUGACUGCAAUCCUGCGAAGCCUUCAAGAAAAGCAAGAAAGCUACAUGUUGCUAAUGCAGUGUGGCAGAGAACAUUGGACAUGAUUGGCCUUCCUAUUGAUGUUGUGCAGAGGAUUCUACAAGGGGUAGAAGUCAGUUGUCAACUGAACAACUAGAUAUAGCAGGGUA